CCAAUAAGAAGAGAAUGAGGUAGCUUUACGCUUUAUAUGACAUAUGACCCAACUUUGUCACAAUCUUCGCUUGAGUUGCGUUCUCUCUGGCGUUUACCUUGCUGUACAGGUACAGACCAUUAUAGAGACAAAAUAACUAAACAAACCUCAAUCCGCAAUCGUCAACACUUUUUGACGUGCAUCACCACUCUUAUUAGUUAGUCUAUGACGGUGGUGAGACGGUGACGGAGACGGCGCGGACGGAACGCUAACAACGCCAACGUGAUAUUACCCGAGGAAUCCUUUAACAUCUGUUUAAACUUUUUGUCUUGGAAGUGCACUUUGAACGUAGUCAGUAUGCAGAUUUUUGUUAAAACUUUGACUGGCAAAACAAUCACUCUUGAAGUAGAGGCAUCAGACACUAUCGAAAAUGUCAAAAGCAAAAUUCAAGACAAAGAAGGCAUUCCUCCUGACCAGCAGAGAUUGAUUUUUGCAGGCAAACAAUUGGAAGAUGGGCGCACACUAUCAGAUUACAACAUUCAGAAAGAGUCUACUCUUCACCUUGUUCUGCGUCUCAGAGGUGGUAUUAUUGAGCCAACCCUUAAGCUUCUGGCUCAGAAGUACAAUUGUGAAAAAAUGAUCUGCCGCAAGUGCUAUGCCCGACUUCACCCCAGAGCAACUAAAUGCCGCAAACGCUCCUGUGGAAAUUGUGCCAACUUGCGCCCAAAGAAGAAGCUGAAGUAAACACUAUUCAUCAUUUUUCUACGUUAAAUUUAAAGUUUUUUUCCUGAAUUGUUCUCAAAUACUGUGCAUUCAAAAUUUGAAUAAAAUUUUUAAUUUGAAGUCUU